AUGGCAGUUACAACCUCAACUACCACUGCAGUCGAACUCUCUCCGCUUCCUCCACUCGCCAGCAGCUCCGGUCACAAUCGGUUUCACAACGAGGCCGCAAAUAAUGGAUCGCAAAAUCCAUCAUCCGAAGAUAUUCUAGAGGCAUCUCGCCUGGCAGAUUCUGCAGUUCCGGAUGGAGGUUAUGGCUGGGUUGUUCUUGGUGGCUGUGCCGUCAUUGCGUGGUGGUUUGUUGGGACAGGAUAUAGCUGGGGAGUGAUGCAAGGAGCUCUUGUGGAAAAGGGACUCUCAACACCAGCAACUUUGUCAUACGUCGGUUCAUUGGCUACUGCCAUUAUCGCAUUCCUGGCAAUCGUCAAUGCGCGCAUCAUCAGAGCCAUCGGAGCUCAAAAGACUGGCAUGCUGGGCAUAUUGAUUCUCGGCGUAUCCGAGAUUCUAAGUGGUUUCACGGUAAACAGUCUUCCAGGACUAUUCAUCACUUCGGGCGUCACUCUCGGAGUCGGGCUGAGCUUGUGUUUCAUGGCUGCGUCUGCAACACCAGCACAGUAUUUCAGCAAGAAACGGGGUCUCGCGAAUGGAAUCGUCUUUGCAGCAGGGGGCUUGGGCGGCGCCAUCAUUAGCUUGUCCAUGGAUGCACUGAUUCGCCGACUUGGAACUGCAUGGGCGUAUCGGAUUCUGGGACUUGUGACGCUGCUGACCGGCUUACCGGCGGCAUGGCUGGUGAGGGAGCGCUCACCAGUCAAGAAUGCGGGAUUCAUCGAAUGGCGUCUCUUUCGAGAUCUCGAGUUUGUGGUCAUCUUUGCUACAGGCGCUGUUGCUACUUUCCCUCUUCUCGUUCCUGCGUUCUUCAUACCGCUCUACGGACGAUCGAUCGGCUUGUCUUCGUCUACCGGAGCAGGCCUCUUGGCAGGCUUCAACCUGUCGUCGGCUGCAGGCAGAAUUCUUUGCGGUUUCCUUUGCGACAAAAUAGGAUCACUCAAUGCUUUGUCCAUUUCCUUAUUGAUCAACGCCAUCACGAUGCUGGCCUUGUGGCCUGCUUCUACUACGCUCGCUCCCUUGAUUGCGUUUGUCGUUCUUAACGGUGCCGCAAAUGGGGGCUUUUUCUCUACUAUUCCCACGGUAGUGGGCAAUGUGUUUGGAUCUCAAAGAGUGUCUGUGGCCAUGGCCAUGGUUGUUACUGGUUGGGGCGGCGGGUAUCUCAUGGGUUCUCCAAUUGCUGGUUACCUUCUAGAUGCCUACGGUGGGACAGAGAGCGGAUUCCAAGCAUACAGGCCUGCUAUCACGUAUGCAGGAUGCAUGGGACUCGGAGCUGCUGGACUCGCGACGUUUGUAAGGUUUCGGAAGAAUCGCACAAUUUUUGCAAAGGUUUAG